UACAUACGCUUACUUCAUUUUCAAAUAUCAACUUUGAGUCAGCUUAGUUGGUUACUCACAUCACUUGACAACUAUUAUAAAAAGAUCUGACUUUUCAUUUAAGCUUUAAUUCCUAGACGUGCAACAAUGGCAGAUCCAAGAAUCAAGCAGAUUAAAAUAAAAACCGGAGUCGUUAAAAGACUUGCAAAGGAGAAGACUAUGUAUGAGAAGGAAGCAGUUCAACAAGAGGAAAAAAUUGAAAAAAUGAAAGCAGAAAAUGCUGAUGAGUAUGACAUAAAAAAACAAACUGAAGUUCUUCAAGAGUCUAAAAUGAUGAUUCCAGACUGCUUAACACGAUUAAAAAAGGCUCAUGGCGAACUUGCAAACAUGUUGGAGGUAGAAAAGGAACUCGCAGAAACUGAAGAAUAUGUAGCUGCCCAAGAAAUCCUAACACAAACCGAAGAGGUUAUGCAGAGUUGAACAGUGUGUGAUUCAUACAUCGUGUAUGAAUAGAGAUAACUGAUGUUGAUUUAGACUGUCAGGUGUGACAUUUGGUUGGUUGACUCACAGUAUCGGGGUCACAGCACUGUGAUAAUGUGGCAGAUGUGUGUCAGUGUUAUUUAUAGCAAUUAUCAGCAGUGUUCUCUGUUUGGUUUCUUGUCCCUUUAGCCAUAGCAUUCCACCAUGAUCUCUGGAUACAACUAUUUAAACUAUCAUCAUUUUGACAAUGGUUUGAAAAUUAGUUUCUUCAUCAGACAGUUUUGUUCAAAGAUUGCAUAUUUUAUAAACAUACUUCAUCCCUAGAACUGUAAAAAUUAGAAAGUUAUGAAUGUAAAAAUUACUGUAUUCAUACUGAGUACACUGUUUUUAGUUUUUUUUUCUGUAAUUUGACUCUCUACUUUGAAAUGGUCACUAUAUUGCAUUUUUUAAAAAUUUCUUGCUUUAAAUAAAAUAUUUAACCA